UCCAGACUCACUUCUCUUGAGACUGUCGUUUACGUCUCAGCUUCAUUACGAGUGGCUGGUAGUGCUUCUGAAACAGGUCUUCAAAAGGUAAAUCAAAGAUUAAACUAGAAACGAGAAUCCUUACACCGCUAGGACUGCCGCUGGAUACCAUGGCGUGUUUUGCCGCCACAGUUGGUGUCAUCAUUCUGUCGGGACUUAUCAACCUCACAGCAGCAGACAAGGACACUUGUGAUCUUCAUGCUGCAGUUGGACAGAAUCUAACUCUGCCGUUUGUCCACGAGGUAAUGGCAAAGUCAGAGGUGUUGAGAUGGACUCACAACAACACGAUCAUUUUACUCAGACAACGAGGCAAAGUCUCUGUUGGGAGGACGGAGGACAUAUCUGCAACAGGAUCUCUUCUGCUGAGGAAUCUAGGAUUCUCAAGUGCUGGGAUUUACCAAGUACAUGUGCUGAAUGUCAACGGUACACUGGCUAAAGCGUGGACCGGGCGUCUCUGUGUGAUGGACAAGGUACCAAAACCUCAAGUCACCUACACGUGUGACCUCAAGUCUGGCGCUAUUAAUCUAAAGUGCCACAUAGCAAAGACUCAGCCUUCACUCUUCUCAUGGACACUCAACGGAAAGACCUUGAGCAGCGAAACCAAACAAACACUGAGCGUAUCGCUGGCGCAGCUGGAAGGGGAGAGGAGCUUCGCAUGCAGUGCGGCAAACAGAGUCAGCCAGGAGAAGAGUGACACUGUCCGCCCGACGUGUGAAAGUCCACCGCCACCAACCAUCUGUUUGGCAUCCAAAAUCGCUGCAGCGCUGCUAGCAGGAGGAGCAGGUGUGAUUGUGGUUUUGCUCAUCUUUGUCAUCGUAUUAUGUCGCAGUCACGUACGCAUCAAAAGCCAAAUGCAACGCGGGGACGAAGGGGAAGCGAGGAUGAUUUCUCUAAACAAACGAGAGUCCGACUCCAUCGGCCGAGAAUACGAGACUCUGAUCCCGACGGAGGACUCUGCACCCCGGGGACCCGAUUCCCCACCUGGAGCCUGCUACGAGACGGAAGCGCAGACUGAAAACCGUCCCGAACAGUCCACAGCUGUUGGAGGACAACUUACACCUGUGCCAAAGCCGAGGACGAAGGGCCCCCGGACACCGAACAUCUGAAUCUGCAAAAAAAGAAAAUGGCUUCAGAAACUUUCCUUUUGAUGUCCCCAUUUUUAAGCUUCACUUAUUUGUAUUACUUUAUUAAUCCAGCAUGUUGUUAAUCUCUAAUUUAGCUUGUAUAAUGGUGUUGGUAGAUGGUUGGAGGGGAAUAUAAAGGGGACAAUGCUAGAAAUGUUUAAAUAAUCAUGUAUUGUUCUUUUAUGUUACCGGUGGUCUCAUCCUCUUUACAAUGACUUCCCUGUAUGCACUUCUGUUUUAUGAAUAAACCAAUUUCCCAUGUAAAAGAGAGUAAAAUGUAGAUUAUAAAUAGAUUAAACUAUAUACUGUAGCUGGUUGUAUUCUAGAUCUUAUUUUUGUAAAUGAAAGAGAUACAAAUAAAAAAGAUCUAGUGUGAUUUUCAACCCUUCCACAGUCAUUAAA